GAAAGUUGGAUCUGUCUUUUUCAAGGAUGCCCUGAAAGGUUCUUUGGAAAGAACUGCAAAAGGAAAUGUAACUGUGCUACCAAUGGCCGUUGCCACAGGAUGGAUAGGGCCUGUAUGUGUGAACCAGGGCGCUAUGGGAGUUAUUGUCACUUGAACUGUCCCAGGGGGGCCUAUGGAGCUGGCUGCUCUUCAGAAUGUCAGUGUGCAGAGAAGAACACCCUGGAAUGCAGUGCCAAAAAUGGUAGUUGCACCUGCAAAUCUGGUUACCAAGGCAACGGAUGCCAGAAAGCCUGCCCUGAUGGCCACUGGGGACCAGAGUGCUGGUUCUCCUGUGCACCCUACGAAAAUGGAGGUCAGUACAACAAAGAAACUAGAAGCUGUGACUGUGCUCCUGGUUACACAGGAAAAUCCUGUACCAUAUGUAAGUCAUAAACCUAGAAAGGAUAACCAACAAAGUCAAUAAAAUUGUUAGCUUUAUAAAUACAUUUUUUUUCUCACUGCUGUAUAAGAUACUGCUAUGUCAGGGUACAUGUUUUAACUACCUAUUGUGUAAUAAGCUAGC